CACUUCGCCUUUUGUCGUCUGCGCUGUUCGUGAACGCCACCGCUGCGCCACCGCUCCUCCCACAACAACCACCGCCACUACCGCCCCGCCCGCCAACUGCUCACUGAGCCCCGCCGCGUCCGCUCGAGGAAGUCCGCCGCGCACCACGCUCGUCAAGCCUCUUCGCCCGCCCGCUCGCUCGCCAUGGUGAAGAUCUCGCUCGGGGGGCCCAAGCCGCCCAGGGACGAGAAGGAGGAGGAGCGCAGCGCGGGCCUCAUCGCCACCGAGGAGGAUGUGGAGGCAGUGGCCGUGAACCCGCGCCGUGCUGGAGGCCGCACCUGGGGCUGGUGCCUGGUGCUGGGGUUGGGGCUCAUGCUGGCUGGCCUGGUGGUGGUCGGCUUCUACCUCUACCGCCACUUCAUCCCGAACUCCCGCAUGUUUCACUGUGGCGUGAGCUACAUGGACCAGCCGCCGCCGCGCGCCAUGUCCCCGGCGGCCGUGGGCUUUGGUCCGCGUCACUACGGCGAUGACAUCGACGACGACGAGCUGAUGCUGGGCGGCGGCAGCGCGCCCCUGCUGCGCCUGGAGGAGGACGUGGAGUUCGACUUGGACUACUCGGUGUCCCUCAUCAACGUGCCCGUGCCCGGCUUCGAGGAGAGUGACCCCGCCGAGAUCGUGCACGACUUCCAGCGGCUGCUGACAGCUUACUACGACGUGAACUUGGGCAAGUGCUACGUCAUCGCCCUCAACACGUCCAUCGUGAUGCCUCCUCGCAACCUCUUUGAACUCAUGAUUAACAUCCGGCGUGGGACCUACCUGCCUCAGACGUACCUGAUCCACGAGCAGCUGGUGGUGACGGAGCGGAUUGACGAUGUGGACGAGCUGGGCUUCUUCAUCUUCCGUAUGUGCAAUGGCAAGCCCACCUUCCGCCUGCAGCGCCGCCCGCAGCCAAUGGCGAUGGAGAAGAGAUCGCUGGAGAACUGCCACAAGAUCCGCCACUUUGCCAGCACCAUGGUGGUGGAGACGGUGAUCUGCGAGCAGGACUGAGCGCCACGUUGCGCCGCGCCAUGUCGGGUGGCCGCGGCGCGUGCAGGCGUGCUCACUCACAUGUACGCUUACACACGCACGCACGUAGAUUCUCUGCUCCCCUUGCGAUCCCACGGGGCUUUGGCAGCGCUCCCGAGCUGACGAGAGAAACUCAAGAGGCAUGUUUUCCGUCCUCCGCGCCUUUUUUUCUUUGCACAUUGCCAGUGAUGUGUCGAGCUAAAUUACAGGUUUUUACCAAAAAAUUUUGUAUCGCCGCACCUCCAAUUAGCACGGUUGGCUACGCACAGUGCGGGAGAAGUUCAACAACAUACAUAUCCGCACCGAGCAGUUUAGAUCGCAAAGCUUGUGACUAUGGUCACGUGUGAGUCUACAUUCAGCAAAUGUAAGGCCUUUUUAUAUAAAAAAAACAUUUUAAUUCGUAAUUACAUUUUUAUCACCUCUUUAAUUGAACUUUCAUCACCAUUUUUAUCCCAGUUGUGUUUAUUUUUUUAUUCGUCUCACGAAUUUUGUUCCCCGCGUCACGUUCAACUCCGCUUGCUGUGGAAAAUUCCGCGUUCUGGUGGGGCCCGGUCUCAAGAGAACCAUCCGACUAAGGCGGUACUCAUUUUAUCGACCCCCCCCCCCCCCCCCCGUAGUGCUAAUAGGGCCGAGUCGACCCUGUCCGCCGGGUUACGACCUCUCCCCUUGAAUUUGUUCUGGAACUGAGACACUUUAACUUCUAACGGCGGCACUUUGCGCAAUAGAACCAUUGUCUCCAAACGCCUCCCGUGGUCCGCGCUGUGCGCGCGCGAGCGUUGUGCGGGGCAGAGGGCAGCGUGAGAAGUUUUGCUGCGUCGCUCGGGGGCGCUGCUGUCUCUCCCCUAGAUUCCAGUGUUGCGUACCUACGCAUUGGCAUACGUGCUUGCGUGUGUGUGCUUGCGCGUGUGUGCUUGCGCGUGUGUGCUUGCGUUUGUUUUCCAACUCUGCUCCACUCUCCCGUCCUGUCCCGUAAGAAUCGAUGUAACUCUUUUUAGCGACGCAGCCAUUUGUUUUGCACUAUAAUCCCUGCGUGAUUGGCACUUUUAAUUUUCCGGCCGUUCUCACCUCUGUCUCCUUGCCCCUCUCCUCCUCUCCCGACAACUGAUCUCUAUAUAUAUUUUUUUCUUUUAACUAUCUCCAUAGUCCAUCAGGUGUUGAGUUGCUAGCUUACAUUUGAUGAUACACUGUACUCUCUGCAUCAUCGAUCGGUAGUUGUUUGGUGGGGUGUCCAUGCGCGCGUUGUCGUUGCUCUUUAGGCACGUGAUGUAAUCGUCCUCUCUCUCCAAAAGCGAUUGGCCGCUUCGCCGAGCCGCUCCGUCGCCCCCCCCCCCCCCCCCCCCCCGUAGUCGUCGGCUUCUUUAGCAGCCACGUUUCAACGUCUUCAAGCUCCCCCCCCCCCCCAUCGGCUUCGGCCAGUGGCGGGCGCAGAGUCCGGGACGCGUUGGGUACGCUCCGGGCACGCUCCGGGCUCUGUCUGCGAUUCGAUUUAGAAUACAAACGCAGCGGACACUAGGAAGAACACAUUUUGAUGUUUUAAGCUGUGCUUUUACUAUUAACACGUAGUUUUGAGAAUGGAUAUAUAUAAAAAAUGUGUUUUAUUUGUGUUUUCAGUCAAAAGAGGCUUGUGUGUGUGUGCGCGUGUUUUAUUCGUGCUCCGGAGGUGUGUGUGUGUAGGCGGUUCUGCAAUUCUGGAGUCAAAGCGGCUUGCAAAGCAAACUUGGCUUGGGCAUCUGACACUUUGCAAUUGGGCGCCUGUAUCGGGGCUACUGAUGCAUUUCAGUCCAAUUGAAUAAUCAAAGUCUCGUCUGCCAGGAAUAGCUAAUUGCUUUUACCCUCGCAAGUUUUCGUGCAUACAUCUGCUAAUAUGAAUAAAAAGACAAAGAUCCCCCCCAUAUAGCCUGAACAGACUGUUGGGGUACGUGCUGUUAGCGAGCACCUGUGAAGGCCGGCACGGCACACGAGGGGGUGGUUGGCCAACACCACGUCCGACCGCCUUUGUCUCCCGAGUGGUGAUGUUUACACAGGCCACACCAGGUACACAUUUGAGGUUGAGUCGACCCAGGGGAGGCCCAAGACCGGUUCAGGUAAUCGUCACUGGUGUUGGCCGUGAGCAGGUAUCGAACUCGGGUCACCGGGUUCGUAGCGCAGCGUAGCGCUAACCGCUACACCACCGCUCCCCAAGCUAAUAGGAAUACCACACCCAUCCAGGCCAUUGCUGACGUCGCCACUUUUUUGGGACUCGCUCAUCGCCAAACCUGGCGGCGAGUUUUACUGGAAUUUACGAAACGCCACUUUCGCGUCGCUGUUGUUCUGACGGCGGGAAAGAGUCGGUGUUUAAAUCACUUCAGCGAUAUGCAUAGUUAAAUGCACAGGAGGGGAGGGGGGUGUUUGUCUCAUCGUGGCGAGCGUUCCUCAUCCGAUGCUAGGGAGCCGCGUGAUACCGCAUUUCCCCCACCGCCACCACCACCACAGAUUGCCCAGCGCUGUAGUUGAGACGAGAGGGUUCUGAUUCUAAACAGCUGCUCUCUGUGCCAGUCGGCAACUUCGGGAAUUAGAAGGAAUUCGGGUUUUUCUUUUUAAUUAAGCGCACGUGGUCUUGCUAAUUAAUCCAGGGAAAUAGUGUUGCAUAAAUAUUAUACACAUGUACCUUAAUACAGUAGAGCGUUGGUUAAGAAUCCUAACACGUAGAUACGUUUUAAGAUAUAUCCGUUAAGAAAACAUGAUUUGUGUUGGUUCCACUUAUUCUGAUGUCAUUUAAAUAGGACGUUAAUCAAAAACUCGCUCAAGAGUUUUAAUUCACUCUGUUCCGUCGCUGCGGCGGUCCAUCGUCGUCAGGGAUCGCCCCGUAACGUUGUCUGGGCUCGAGGCUGAUCCGAACUGGGUGAGCAGAGCGCUAGUUGGUUUGUCAUCUGGCUUGGUUCGCCUGUUGUUUAGGGCCAGCUGGCUAGAAUGGGGAUUGCAAUUCAGUGAUCCAGACUUAGUGGGCACCAUUGGUUGGUGUGGUCUAGCAGCUACGAGUGAUCGUAUACGCUUAAGCGCAAUAUCGGCUAAGUUGUGGUUGUGCUGGCUGAAUUAAUUGGGCCAGCUGACAAGUUGGUCGGUGCUGGCUGCUGUGAACCACGAGCCGGUUUCAUUGCUCGGGACGAGUUGGUGGUGUGAUCCGCUUGCCGGCUUGAUUGGUCGGGACGAGCUGGAUGGCUGAUUUGUACACUGAUUUGACUUGGACCUUGCCACCUAGCAACAACUCAUGUCCCCACAUAAUAAAUGUGUGUGCUCGCUUCAUAAAUAAACGUUACUUUAAUCCA